UCUUGCUGCUGCCAGGUCCAGAGUCUCUCAUGGGUCCCUGUACGGCCUCCCAUUGCUGCUGUCUCCAUCGCCACACUCUGCCAUGUGCCAUACUUUCAGGUCUCCUCACACACUGCUGGGUGUUCCAUUUUGUCAUAGGGUGCUGGCAGAUUACGGGGCCUCCCAUUGCUGCUGCCAGGCCUUAAUCUGCCAUGGGCCCCUGUACCGCCUCCUCAUGCUGCUGCCAGGUCCACAGUGUCUCAUGGGUCCCUGUACCGCCUCCCAUUGCUGCUGUCUCCAUCGCCACACUCUGCCAUGUGCCACUUUCAGGUCUCCUCACACUGCUGGGUGUGUUCCAUUUUUUGUC